GAGGGUGAGAAAGAAAGAGGGAGGGUGAAAGCGAGGCAGCGUUUGAGGCAAUGUAAUUGACAAGGCUCGCAGUGGUGAAAUAAACACGCUUCGGCUCAGGGGCGCAGCUUUUAUUGCACAACCCCGACUCCUUUACUGAGGCAUCGCCCGCAGCGCGACUACACCUGAUCCCAAUUACCUUCACCCGAUUAAUUAAUCCGUGUGAAAUUAUGUCCCGAUCGGCGCUGAUCCAGCCGGCAAGAUGAUGAUUUUCCGAAGGAGAGGCUCGGAUCGGGCGCCGGACCCGGUGGUCCUGCUGAUCUGGCUGCUGGCCGCUUCUCUGGGCGCCGUUCUGGCCAAGGAUACAGCCUUUGUGGAAGUGGUGCUGUUCGAGUCCAGUUCCACUGGGGAUUAUACCACCUACACGACCGGGCUGCAGGGACGCUUCUCCAAAGCUGGAGCCACAAUCAGCGCGGAGGGGGAGAUCGUUCAAAUGCAUCCUUUGGGACUAUGCAAUAACAAUGACGAAGAGGACCUUUACGAGUACGGCUGGGUCGGAGUUGUGAAGCUGGAGCAACCGGAGCUGGACCCCAGCUGCCUCACAGUCCUGGGAAAGGUAAAGAACAACAACCCUAAACAUAGCCACAGCUACAACAGGAUGGGCCAAAGUAUAUUAAUGGACCUUGGUCUAAUUAAUGAAGAGCGACUUCCGUCUCUACUUCAAAAAUGCUGGGUGCUUUGCGAUUGGCACCGACACGAUUGCCAGGCCAGACAGGGCAGUGUUUACCCCCCACCGGUUUGCUUACUCUGCCUGGCCAACCAGGCCAAAAUGCCCAGGCCUAUUCUGGAGACUGUGCCCUUCAUCACACUCACCCUGUUUGGUCUGGCCCUGUGA